AUGGAAAGCUCCACACCCAGAUCGCCAUUACUCCACCGCUUGUGCUUCAUUCCCGCCACGAUGAGCAUCCAGGACAUCGAUGAAACAGGUGUCAACUCAGACAUCCACGAUUACUCAGAUCAGGCCCUUCAGCCUAUCGGCACUUAUGACCCGUACUAUAUCGGUACUUUCAGUCAGCCAUUUUGUCCCAGGUCCUCAAUUUCUAAACGAGUGUUCCAUGACCUUCAUCAGGAGGUUUUUGGAGCAGCACUCAUGCGAUGCUUCAACAUGCAUCCCAGUGUCUUGGCAGGCGAAGCGAGUCGGCACUUUCAUCUUGCUGUAUUGCGAAAUACUAGCG